CGAAAUGUCUCCUUCCUCAGGCGUCUUGACCACUUCAAGUACCUGAAGUAUCUAUACCGAGUACCAUGGAAAGCAAUGACCAUCAAUGUCACCACUCCCUGACCAUGCCCUAAACUACUACUAGCGUCAAUCACCACCACCAGCAACCAGACAGCCAUGGCUCACCACUGGCCAUUACCCAGUCCCCCCAGCCACACAACACUGCUCAUCGUAACCUCCAUCUUCUGUCUGACAUCCCUAACCUCCGUAACGCUUCGAUUCUACGCACGCAAACUAGCUCGUCUAGACCUCUGCGCAGACGACUGGUUCGCGCUCGCCGCCCUAAUCCUCACCCUAACAUACAACGCGACUCUCCUAUCCGGCACAUCCCACGACAUCAUCGCCAACUACACCCCAACCCACCUCACCAGCACAACCACCCCGGAGGCCAAAAAAUACCAACUUGCCCUCCAACUCCUCGAAAUCCUCUCCCUCGGGCUCAUCAAACUAUGUUUCUUCACCCUCUGGAAACGCGUCUUCAUCACACAUCCAAUCCGGCAUCUCUGUUCCAUCCUAAUCAUCACCAUACUCCUCUGGAUGAUUGCAUUCCUCCUCGCAACGAUCUUCCAAUGCGGGACGCACGUUUCCCGAAUCUGGAUGGACGCAGAUCCCACCACGACAGCGUCCUGUACCAAUGGAGGCACAACCCAACUAACUAUCUACGCCCUAACGGACCUCAUCACUAACAUCCUGAUAACCCUCAUCCCCGUCCCCAUUAUCUGGAGUUUACGUAUGUAUGUGGUCAAGAAAGUAGGGAUGGUGGUGCUUUAUGGUGUUGGGAUUUAUUUAACCGCCAUCUCCAUCGCAAGAACCUACAUGACGCUCAUCAUCAUACAUACAACUACUAAUCGUCCCUUCAUGGAGAAUUUUGGUGUAUUGGUGCUGUGGGCUGCGAUUGAGAUUAAUGUUGGGGUUGUGGUUUGUUGUGUUACGGUUGUUUUGAGGGGGGUUAGGGAGGUGAGAGCUGAGAAACGGAAGAAGGAGUUUCAUGUUUUGUCGGGGGUUGGGCCGAAGAAGUAUGUGGUGAGGGGGGUUGGGGGUAGGGAUAAGGAUGGGGAUGGGGAUGGGGAUGAUUGA